GGUGGUGGACAGUGAGCCCAUUUCAUCCUUCAAAUACCAGCAUCGGAACUCGUAGGUUUGGAGGAUGAAGUAGUUGACCAUCUAGCCUUGAUUACCUCCUCCGUCUCAUGCACGAAUGGUGCACUGCAGAUCGGAUUCUCGUUGCUUGUGUCCUCGCACGUUUUCCCCACGCGCGCCAAGGCUGUGUUUUAAGUCGUAUUUACCUCCACACUCGGUAGAUCCUUUCGAUAUGAGAGGUUUUGUCUCACUUGCUUGGGGCAGGCUUGCCACCGCCCUGUUGCUGGUGUUUGUCCACCUCAGCUUGGCAGCUGUCCUUUCAGUCCCCAGGUAUUCCGAACUUGAGGCUCGAACUCGGGCCGACUUGGACGCCAAUACUGUGAGAAGGGAGCUCGGAAGCCGUCUUUCACCCGGCACGGUCAUCUUCGAACCUGGCGAUGGAAAGUUCCCUGCUACCACAGCAAGAUGGAACACAUUUGCCCCGCCACAGAUCCAGGUUGUCGUUCAACCUGCAAGCGAAGCAGAUGUGGCAAAGAUUGGAGACCAGGUGCAAUACUGCAAUGCCAACGGCAUCGAUUUUCUGGCCACUAAUGGCGGCCACCGGAAUAGUGCCAGUUUGGGAACCUUCACUGGCGUUCAAAUUAGCAUGGCAUUGCUGAGAACCAUUACCAUCUAG